AUGGCAGCUGCGGCUAAGGGCGGCGCAUCCCACAAGGCAUCGAAGCCGACUAAAGUGAUCAAGAAGCCACCCAAGAAGCGAAGGAAAUCUCGCAAGCAGAGCCUUUCCACUUAUGUAUACAGGGUGCUGACCGAGGUCCAUCCUUCCACCAGGAUCUUGACCAAAGCCACGAGUGUUAUAAAUUCCUUCACUGUCGACAUUUUCGAGCGGAUCGCCUCCGAGGCUUCGCACCUCAUUCACUACAACAAGCGCCACACCACCUCGGCCAGGGAGAUCCAGAGCGCCAUCCACCCCACGCUGCCAGGGGAACUGGCCAAACACUCCAUCUCCAAAGGCACCAAAGCAGUCACCAAAUACACCAACUUCGUUUAG